ACAAAUAUCGUAGUUAAGAUGUAUAGUCCAGAACAGAAGCUUUAUUUGCCACUCGCAGUCUUCAUCUCUGCGCCUUCUCUUACCAAAGCAAAACGGCAUCGAAUUCGAUUCUCUAAUCACCAUCCAACUUUAGAUCGUGAUUCCAUAAAGCUUCCAUGUCUCGCUUUCGCUCUCUUAUCACUCUACAACUCAUAUCCACCAUCAACGGGUAUACCUGGAGAUGGAAGAUGCCUGUUCCGGUCUGUGGUUCAUGGUGCCUGUCUAAGAGCAGGACAGUCAUCUCCAAGUGAAAGCCGUGAAAGAGAACUUGCUGAUGAGCUCAGAUUGAAAGUACAAGCUAAUUUCAUUUCUUUUCCAGGAUUUCUCGAGUAGAUAAAUUGUUUAUUGACUUCUUAUAUCUUAAUGUUGAUUGGCCUCGACCUACCAGUCCAUGUCUAGUGGUGUAGUUGUUAGUUUUGGAGAAAAUAGAAUUAUUUUUAAGCUUCUAUUCUUUCUUUCACCUAUUAGUCUUAUCAGUGUGUUACUUGUCCAUGUACUUCUUUUGCUGCUUAAAUUGUUCAGAUUGAAUCAACAUGUCCACUUGUCUUUCUAAUUCGAUCAGUUUCCUCAUCUAAUUUUUGUUUUUUAUCUUCUCAUGGGUAACAUAUCAACUGGUUUUGGCAGGUUGCAGAAGAAUUUAUCAAAAGGCGAGUGGACACCGAAUGGUAACAGGAAAUUAAGAAUUCCAUGUUUAGAUGCAGCAUGCUAUUAGUUCAAACUUUCAAGCUAUUAGUCAGUCAAACAAGUUGUUUCCACCUCAAGCUUAUUUCCUACGAGUUCUAAUGAUUCUGAUUGACAAUGUAAACCAGUAAUAUGUUCAGCUUUUUAUUUUAAGGUUUCUUAAUAGAUGUGUUGUCUUUGUCUUUUAAGUCUCUCUGAAAAGGUGGGUUUGUGCAAAACACUAAAAUAGUUUAUUGUAGCAGAUAUCAUGGGGAAUAUACUAGUGAUUGAUGUCUACCUAAAUUCUACUUUGUGCCUUUUUUUUCUCAUUUAAACCAGGAAAUUCAUAUGCCAGCAGCUAUAAUUUUUUAUUCAUGCUUUCUCAGGUUCCUUGAAGGUGAUUUUGACACAUAUGUUUCACAGAUGCGACAGCCUCACGUAUGGGGAGGAGAACCUGAGCUGAUCAUGUCAUCACAUGUCCGACGGUGUUUUUUCCCCCUCCUUGAAUUGCUUUAUCAAAUAUAGGCAUUACAAGUCAUAGGAUUUCGUAGGUGCAAUCAUAGAAAAGUAAAUCAUGUAGAAGUUAUUCUCCAUUUCUCCCAAGGACUUGGAUAUUUGUUUAAAGUGAUCAACUAUAAUGAAAUUGCACUUGAUUAGUUGUAUGAUACCUAGAGUUCCACAACUAAAUUGCAAAAUUGUCUAACCUUUAUUGGCAACUUGCAAAGCUUUUUGCACUUAGACAUGAUUUAUUUGUUUCCAGGGUUCCUAUCACGGUUUACAUGCGGGAUAAGAAGACUAGUUGCCUUAAAACUAUAGCUGAAUAUGGUCAAGAGUAUGGCAAGGAAGGCCCAAUUCGUGUUUUGUAUCAUGGUUAUGGGCAUUAUGAUGCAUUGCAGGAGCAGGGUCCUUCUGUUGGCCCUCAACCCAAAUUGAAGAAGAAAAGAUGAAAGGUUAUGCACCAAGAAAUAUUGUCAUUUAUGAGCAUCUUGAACUAAAUUCUUCAGGCAGGUGCGAAGUGAUGACAUAAGGGUUCCUUGUAUUUGUAACCGUAUGACAACAUACUCAAGUUAUUUCAUCGUGGGUUGAACAUGGAUAGGAGCUGACCGCACUGUAAAAUAUUUUUCGCUUUGGACUAAUUUCAGUGUUUUAUAAUGCAUUAUAUAAUAAAGAUCCAAUUUAUAUUUAUAGGAAAACUACGAUUGUGUUUUUUUGAUCAAUUACAAUGUUGCGUACACAAUCUUAUCUGGUGUAUGUUGAGAUAUUUAUGUGAUUUGAAUCUAUGACAUUUGGAAGG